GUGGAACUGCAAAGACUAAACCAACUUUGGGAGUUGGAAGGAAUCACACAUCUUCACUUGGGACUGCAUUCAUUUGGUUGUUACGAUGUCUGACUACGAUAAGAUUCUGAAAAACUGGGAUGCUGUGGAGGCUGACCCGAAUGGAAUCGGUGGAGAGGUUCUGUACGGCCUCUUCAAGGAGUACCCAGACACCUUGAAAUAUUUCCCAAAAUUUGCUGGUAUCCCACCUGGUGAUCUGGCCACCAACCCAGCGGUGGCGCAACAUGGUGAGAUAGUGUUGAGGAAGCUGACCGAGAUUCUGAAGGCCAGGGGGAACCACGCAGCCAUCCUUAAGCCCUUCGCCAACAGCCAUGCCAAAACACAUAAGAUUCCCACCAGCAAUUUUAAGCUGAUCACGGACGUUAUUGUGAAGAUCACUGGAGACAAGGGGAUACUGGACGCAGCUGGGCAAAAUGCCUUCAGAAAUGUGAUGAGCUCCAUGAUUGCUGAACUGGAUGCCCUCUAUAAGGAUGCGAAUUUCCAGGGAUGAACACAACCCUGCUAACUGAAAGCGCCACAGUUAUGACUAAUGAUGAGUUUAAAUUUGCCUAUAGCUUGAAUUUUUUAAUAGAAUGUCUGCAAUGGAAAUUUUUUCUCUAUGGGCACAACGAUAUUUCAGUUCUACUGCUGUACUUUUCAGUUUGCUAAAUGGUGGUUACAUAAAAGGGAUUAACUAUGAUAUAAUUUCAUGCUUCAUUUCAAUGAGAGACCAGCAUAAGAGAGUGAUACUUCCAAAGAGAAGGGAGAUGGGAACUGCUUUUUAAUUUUGAAAUGGAUUUGAAAUCUUUGCUUUUUUUAUGGUGAAGCUUAACACUUUCUAAUGCCGUAUGCUUCCUUUUCUUAAACAUUUAGCCCUGGUUAUUGCCGGUUUAACAUCAUAUUAUUGCUGUGCAUUUUGUAUUGCAGUUUAAGGGUCACUAUUAAACAUAAAUGCAUUCGUUGCAAA